CCGUUUGACACAUUUAAAAACACACUCGUUAUAAAGCAGUGACGACAUGCAAGAUUACUCACAGUGCCCUUUUGCUAAGUCUCUUUAGGAUUCGGUAGCUUUCCGUUUGGCACAUUUAAAACAGUCCCUUUAGAACGACGAUGAAAACACGAUUCUAGUUCGGUUGAGUCAACCAUCCCUUAUAGUGUCCUCAAACAACCAACGAUUCAACGAUUAGCUUCAAGCAUCUUGAUACCAAAUCAGCAACCUAGACUCAUUUAGCCUUACUCCUCAUCUUCGCGAUUUAUUUUGGCGCCAGUAUAUAAUUACUACACAAUGGCGCCUCAAGUUCAAGGACGCAAGAUCGCGAUUGUCGGUGCCAGUGGCCAACUCGGCAAGCCGAUGCUCAAAGCGCUCCUGGCCAAGGGUAUCCACGCCAUCACCGUUAUUCAGCGGCUCGAGGCCACCAGCAUUUUUCCUUCCGGGGUCACCGUCAAGAAGGGUGACCUUGAGGACGAGGCCUUCCUCGCCGAUGUCUUCAAGGGCCAGGACGCCAUCGUUCUUAUGCCGCCUCUGUCUCAUAUCAUCAGCCUCCAGAAGCCCGCCAUCCGUGCGGCUGCUAAGGUCGGCGUGCGCUGGAUCCUACCAUCCGAGUUCGGUCCUGAUCCUUUCGCCAGUAAGCUGAUUGAGGAGAAUAUCCUCCUUAAGAAUAAGAAGGAGAUCCGCGACUUCAUCAAUGAGCUGGGAGUCAGCAGCUGGAUCUCUGUCGCGGUUGGCCCUUGGCUAGACAUCAGUCUCCCUCUCGGCCUCUGGGGAAUUGACCCCAAGGCCCGCAAGGCCACCAUCUGGCGCGGCGCUGACGCUAAGACUAGCACGGCGACGGUCACGCACAGUGGCGAGGCCGCUGCCGCCGUGCUGAGUCUGCCAGAAGCCGAUCUGGUCAAGUUCAAGAACAAGGCUGUCUACGCGCCAUCGUUCCGCCUGUCACAGCGGGAGAUACUAGAGGCGGUGCAGCGCGCCACGAGCACCACGGAUGCAGACUGGGACGUCACGACGAGGGAGUACGAGGACAUCGCCAGUGAGUACGAGAAAAACAUCAAGAAGGGUGACGGUAUGGCGCCCUUCAUCAAGUUCUUUGUCACGCACUUCGUAGAGGGCCUCGGUGGCGACUUCGACCACAAGGUUGACGCAGCGGAGCUGGAGAAGCUGGAGAAGCUUGGACUGCCCAAAGAUAAUCUCGAGGAGGUCAUUAAGGUCGCCCUGCAACAACCAACAUAAAUAUUUUGAUUUACGAUAAUUUUAUUACCUACCGAUUUAUCUAGGCGUUUGUUCUAUGUGGCAACGAGAUGAAGUAGUCUAUAUAAAAUCUUCAAUAGAAAUGUUUUGAACAAUAAAGGGACUACAUUUAAGUGUAAUUCUUAUGAAGUCGAAUCAUCACAUGUUUAGUAACUAGUAAUAUGCUGCAGAGCCUAAAUGUUGUUGAUUUAAACAGCCGCGUGCUUCCCGAUUGAACAUUAAGCUUUAUCUUUCCACUAUUAAAUUCUGU